UAAAGUAGAAGAAGAAUAGCUCUUCCUGUGUAGUUUGUUGUGAUGAACCGGCACGACCAUGAUGCGGUCUGUACCGGGGUACAGACGCUCCCUCUCCUGGACUCGCAGACAGUCUUCCCCGGUGUACCGUACUCCGUGUCAGUGCUCAAACCGGGGUACUGCCGCCCUCAGCCGGACGGCUCGUUCACCGCGGACGGGACCGUCUCCCUCAUCACCGGACCCCGGACAAUCCUGGUGGACACCGGGGGACCGUGGGACCGGGACUUUCUGCUGAAGGCCCUGAAGGACCGGGGUCUGGAUCCGGAGGACGUACAGUUGGUUGUCGGGACUCACGGACACUCAGACCACGUGGGAAACCUAAGUCUUUUUCCGCACGCGCUUAUGAUAGUGGGCUAUGACGUCAGCGAAGGAGACACGUACCGUCCAAACAAACUGUCUGAGGGAGAGGCCUACGUCAUAGACGAGCACGUGUGUGUGGUUCCCACUCCGGGACACACCUUACAGGACGUCAGUGUGCAGGUGAAGGGAACCUCAGCGGGCACCGUGCUCGUUGCGGGGGACUUAUUUGAAUGUUGCUCGGACGAGGACAGCUGGAGGGACCUGAGCAUGAACACUGCAGUACAGGAGGUCAGCCGCCAGGAGGCGCUACAUACCGCUGACGUCAUCAUCCCCGGGCACGGCGUCCCGUUCAGAGUCCUGAGGAGCUGAUGAAAAAAGACGGGACGGCGUGUGGGCGGAGUUUUCACCACACGGACAGAAUCUAUCACGCCACAGACAGAAACACUCGCCAUCUCUCAUGGAAGUCUCACACACUCUGAAAUGUUUUGUCCCCGUAGGAGGAAAUAACCUUGACCUCAUCAAGC